CAUGGGCGGCCGUGGCUCCCCGCUGUGCACAGCACCACCCGCGGUGGCGGAGGGCGGCCCGGCCCGCGAGCCGCUGCCGCUGUUGGAAGUGUCUCCCCGCAAGAGGCUGCCCAACGGGCCCGAGCAGGACCCAUGCGGCAGCCGCCCUGCACCCGAGGGCGCGGGUGCGGGCGCAGAGCAGGGCCACUCGGCCGGCGGAGGCGGCUGGUGCCGCCACUGCCACACGAAGCUCGCUGAGCUCAAGCGACAGGCGUGGAAGCUGGUCAGCGGGCCCGGGACACCCCUCCGGGACCCUUGCCUCUCCGCUCUGCUCCUCGACCCGCUGCCAGCGCCCGGGGCCCUGCCGGGAUGCCGCCCGGAGGCCGAGCGCCGCUGUGACGUCUGCGCCACGCACCUGAACCAGCUCACGCGUGAGGCCCUGCGGCUGCUCCGGGCCCCUGCCAGCCGCCAGGGCCCUGACGCCCCCCACGGAGGUCCCGGCCUGGUGCCCCCCAGCGCGGGCACCGUGACCAGCCCGCGAGAUGUGCCAGCGUGUGCCAGCCCGGCCGGGAGGCAGCCGGGCCGAGCGGGGCCAGACAGGAGGAAGGGACUGGCCUGGCCAUCCGGGCCCAGCGUCCAGGUGUCCGUGGCCCCUGCUGGCCUCGGGGGAGCCCUGAGCACGGUCACCAUCCAGGCCCAGCAGUGCCUGGAGGGCAUGUGGAGUGUCUCCAGGGUCAACAGCUUCCUGCCGCCAUCAUGCCUGGCUGAGGCAGCGGUGGCCGCCGUGGCGGUGGCCGACACGGUCCGGGACGGCGCCCCCUCCUCGAGCUCUGAUGGCGCCUCGAGGACGUGGGGCUGCGGGGGGGCCCGCACGACGGCGCUGGUCACCCCGGCUGGGGGCCCCGCGAGCCCGUCGGCAGCAGCGUCCUUCUUCAUCAGGGCUGCCCAGAAGCUCAGCCUGGCCUCCAAGCGCAAGAAACCUCAUCCGCCACCAGCCCCUGCUGCCCGCAGUGCCUCCCCCUACCCCACGGACUUCAGCGGGGUCCUGCAGCUGUGGCCGCCCCCUACACCCCCCUGCCUGCUCAGGGCCGCCUCCAAGGUGAAGGACAGCCUCAGCAGUGUCGGAAAGGUGAAGGUCAUGCUGCGAGUCUGGCCGGCACAGGGGGCCCAGCACUCGGCCGAGCCCACGUCGUUCUUGAAGGUGGACCUGCGCAAGAAGCAGGUGACCCUGUGCGACCCAGCCGCUGGGCCCCCAGGGAGCUCGGGCCCCCGACGAGCAGCUGCUGCUGCGGCUCCCAAGAUGUUUGGCUUCGACGCGGUCUUCCCCCAGGACGCGGAGCAGGCCGAGGUCUGUUCCGGGACGGUGGCCGACGUGCUCCAGGCGGUGGUCGGGGGCGCUGAUGGCUGCAUUUUCUCCUUUGGCCACUCGAGCCUUGGCAAGUCCUACACCAUGAUUGGGAAGGACAGCUCGCCUCAGAGCCUGGGCGUCGUGCCCUGCGCCAUUUCCUGGCUCUUCAGGCUCAUCGACGAGCGCAGGGAGAGGACGGGCACCCGCUUCUCCGUCCGCGUGUCGGCCACGGAGGUGUGCGGCCCCGACGAGAGCCUGCGGGACCUGCUGGCCGAGGUGGCCUCGGGCAGCCUCCAGGACGCCCAGUCCCCGGGCGUGUACCUGCGUGAGGACCCUGUGUGUGGGGCGCAGCUCCAAAACCAGAGUGAGCUCCGGGCGCCCACGGCCGAGAAGGCAGCCUUCUACCUGGACGCCGCCCUGGCGGCCCGCAGCACCAGCCGGCCCGGCUGCAGCGAGGGUGCCCGGUGCGCCACGCACACCCUCUUCACGCUGCACGUCUACCAGUACCGCAUGGAGAAGUGCGGCCGCGGCGGAAUGUCAGGAGGCCGCAGCCGCCUGCAUCUCAUCGACCUGGGAAGCUGUGAGGGGGCGCCAGGCAGGGGCGGCGAGGACUCUGGGGGACCCCCGUGUCUGUCCCUGUCGGCUCUGGGGAGUGUCAUCUUGGCCCUCAUCAGCGGCGCCAAGCACGUGCCCUACAGGGAGCACAGGCUUACCAUGCUGCUGCGGGAGUCCCUGGCCACCCCCAGCUGCCGAGUCACCAUGAUUGCCCACGUCUCUGACGCGCCCGCACGCCAUGCUGAAACGCUCAGCACCAUGCAGCUGGCUGCCCGCAUUCACCGCCUGCGCAGGAAGAAGGUCAAGUACCCGUCCAGCUCCUCGGGCGGGGACAGCUCCUGUGAGGAAGGCCGUGCCCGCCGCCCCCCGCACCUGCGGCCCUUCCACCGCCGCUCCGCGGCCCCCGAGCCUGGCCGCCUGGCCCCCGGCUCCCCCGGCGACCCCGAGUACUCGUCCAGCAGUGAGCAGUCCUGCGACACCGUCAUCUACGUGGGGCCCGGCGGGAUGGCCCUGUCGGACCGGGAGCUCACAGACCACGAGGGCCCGCCGGACUUCGUGCCCAUCAUCCCCGCGCUGAGCCGCCCCAGGCCCUCCCAGGGCCCGCGGGACGCAGACCACUUCCGUUGUAGCACCUUUGCUGAGCUGCAGGAGCGGCUGGAGGGCAUUGAUGGCAGUGAGGGCCCCUCCGGAGCCCAGCCCGGCCCGCCCUGUGGGGGCAGGAGGCCCUCCCCGCCUGAGGCCACCGCCCUCAGGAAGGCCAUGGGCUCCCCGCUGGCGGCCAGCACACCUCGAGGCAGCCCCGGCCCGGACACCCACCGGGGCGCCCCAGAGCCCCCCAAGGCCGGUGCCGGCCAGGGGGAGGGAGGCGGCAUUAGGUCUGCGCUGCCUGGGCCAGACAAGGUCGCGACGGGCGGAGGCGGGAGGCCACUGCCCAGCCCGGCCCCUCCGCUGCCGCCUCAGCAGCCAGAAGCCGGCCGAGCCCCCGUGGACCCCGGGGGCGGGGGCACCGAUGGUGCGGUCCGGACACCCCCUGUGGGCAUGAGCGGGCAGCCCAGCUGCCCCCGCCCAUCCACACAAGGCCGCCGUCUGGAGCGGGGCCUGCUGACCACCACGGUGACCCUGCAGCAGCCCGUGGAGCUGAACGGCGAGGACGAGCUGGUGUUCACGGUGGUGGAGGAGCUGUCUCUGGGCGGGCUCGCCGGCUCCGGCCGCCCCGCCAGCCUGGCCAGCUUCGGCAGCAACUGCUCUCUGCAGGCUCUGGCCUCCGGGUCGAGGCCCGUGAGCAUCAUUAGCAGUAUCAAUGACGAGUUCGAUGCCUACACCAGCCAGGCCCCUGGCAGGCACUCGGAGGGAGCAAGCUGGGCUGGCAACAGCCACGCCUCGUCCAUCAGCUCCUGGCUCAGCGAGGUCGGCGUCUGCACGGACGAUCGCCACAGCCCUGCGCCGCAGCCUCCUUUCGGGGCCAGCCCUGACUCCCCGGCGGGGCCCGACCCUCUGGGCCCCCCGGUCCUGGGCAGCUCCCCGGAUGAUGGCGGCUGUCGGUUCCCGGAGCGCGGGAGAUCGGACGGUCCUGGCCCAGCCCGGAGUCCUCGUCCUGGGGAAGUGGACACAGCGGCGCCCGCCCGAGCUGGCCGGGAGUGCCCGGCCGCGUCCCCGUGGAGGGCAGCCCCGGCACAGACCAUCCACUCCAGCCUGCCCCGGAAACCGAGGACUUCCUCAGCGGCGGGUCGCGCAGGCUGCCCACGCCCAGCCCCCGGCCCGCCGGGCCUCUUCGAGGACCCCUGGCAGCUCCGGGCGGAUGACUGUGGCCCACUCCAGGUGGCCCCUGGCAGCAGUGCCCCCAGCCCGGCCCCAGCACUGCCUUGUGCCCGGAGGGUCGUGGGCGGCUGUGAGGUGGCCGCCAGGGCAGCUCACGGGCCAGAGGCCGUGGCUCAGAUCCCGCCACUGCGAAGGGGAGCCACCACACUGGGCGUGAGCACACCCGUGGCAUCUUGCAGGGACGCCCUGGCCGACGCGGCGGCCUGCUUAGGCGGCCCGAAGGACGCCCCCAGCCGCAAGAAAAGCGUGGUCCCCAAGGGAGGCCUCUUCCCAAGGCCCAGCGGGGCAGCCCCCCCAGUCCCCCCUGUGCGCAAAUCCAGCCUGGAGCACAAGAGUGGCCCAGCUCUGGCUGCUCCCCCCGCUGGGGGCCUCUCCCGGCCUGCGGCUGCUGCCCUCCCCCGAGGGGAGGAGGAGGCCAGGCCCGGCGGCCAGGCUGACCACUCCGUCCCCAGGGCCACGUCCAGCCUGAAGGCCAGGGCUGGCAAGGCCGAGGCAGGGUACCGUCCCACCACCCACGGCUCUCUGGGGCGGUGUGAGCUUCUGGGGCACAGCAGCGGCAAGGCCAGGGACGCUCCCGGGAGGCCAGCCCGGGCCGUGCCCCGGCUGGGUGUACCGUCCAGCAGCCCCACGCUUGGGCCCACUCCUGCCUGUAGGGGCAGCCCGGCCAAGGGUGUGGGGGCUCCGAAGCCCCCGGCAGGGGGCGGCAAGGGCCGUAGCCUAGCAGCUGGUGGGUCCAGGGCUCUGGGUGCUCCAGUGAAGCCACUAAACCCUGUGGUGGGCAGGACCCCUGGCGGCCCUGUGACGGCUCCCCGGGCGGCCCCACGGGCAGUGCCUGGCGUCGGGGCCAAGGCCGGCCGCGGCACCAUCAUGGGCACCAAGCAGGCGCUCCGGGCUGCCCACAGCCGCGUCAACGAGCUGGCAGCCAGCGGAGGCCCUGGCAGAGGUGGCCCCCCCUGGGGCCCAGCGGACUCGGACAGCGGCAGUGACAGCGGCGUGAACGUGGGGGAGGAGCGGCCGCCCCCUGGCCCGGCGCUGCCCUCCCCCUACAGCAAGGUGACUGCCCCUCGGAGACCCCAGCGCUGCAGCAGCGGCCACGGCAGCGACAACAGCAGCGUGCUGAGCGGCGAGCUCCCUCCUGCCAUGGGCCGCACCGCCCUGUUCUACCACAGCGGGGGCAGCAGUGGCUACGAGAGCGUGCUCCGCGACAGCGAGGCCACCGGCAGCGCCUCCUCCGCCCCGGACUCCAUGAGCGACAGCGGGGCCGCCUCCCCGGGCGCCCGCUCUCGGAGCCUCAGGUCUCCCAAGAAGAGGGCCACAGGUCUGCAGCGGAGACGGCUGAUCCCGGCCCCAAUGCCUGAUGCGGCUGCCCUGGGCCGCAAGCCCAGCCUCUCUGGGCAGUGGGUGGACCUGCCCCCGCCCCUGGCUGGCUCCCUGAAGGAGCCCUUCGAGAUUAAAGUGUAUGAGAUUGAUGACGUAGAGCGUCUGCAGCGGCACCGCCCGCCCCCAAGGGAGGAUUCAUCUGAGCCUUCCCAGGAUGUGGAGAAGGGUCUGGCGUGCAACAGUGCCAAGCUGCGGCUGGCUGAGCGCAGGCAGCAGCGGCUACGAGAGGUGCAGGCCAAGCGUGAGCACCUGUGCGGGGAGCUGGCGGAGACCCAGGGCCGGCUGAUGGUGGAGCCUGGCCGCUGGCUGGAGCAGUUUGAGGUGGACCCGGAGCUGGAGCCCGAGUCGGCGGAGUACCUGGCGGCCCUGGAGCACGCUACGGCCGCCUUGGAACAGUGCGUGAACCUGUGUAAGGCCCACGUCAUGAUGGUCACCUGCUUCGACAUCAGCGUCUCCGCCCCCACCGCCCCGCCCGUGCCGCAGGAGGUUGACGUCUGAGGCUGGGCACUGGGGCGCGGGAAGGGGGCUGGGGGGGGAAGUGAGGAUGUGGUGGGGGUCGGAGGGAGGACGAUGCAGAGGGUCGGCUGCAGGACCGGGGGUCUCAGAGGCGAUGGAGCACGAGGGAGGGGCUGGCCGGGUGCCGUGAGUGGACAGGGAAUGAGUGUGUGCGGUCGGAGGCUGUCGCCACCCAGACAGUGACGCAAGUGCCUUUAACCUUGAACUGGACUUCUCUCCUUUUUGCGUUUGGUGCUAAGGACUCAAGACACCAGCAGACAGUGUGCCCAGACGGUGGCCUGGGCGCCUGAGGUGGCCAUCCGGGUGCAGGGCGGGAGGCUCUCUCCAGCCAAGCAGAUUCAUGUAGCAGGCCAGCUCUGGGCCCAGCCGGCCCCAAGGCCGGGAUUCCUUCUUCACAGCUGUCUCCCGGCGGCAGAGCCGGCCCCAGAGGUCGCCAGGCCCUGGGUCUCCAUGCAGUUCUCUCUGCAAAGCAAGCCGGGGGGUCCCGGGGCAGGGACGGCCUGCCUUCCCUUCCCCGAGGACCUGCUCUGUCCUGAGGGCUCACAGGGAGGGGGGCACCCAGGGGCUGAGCUGAAGGCUCACGGCGCCUUCUUCUACGGCAGGAAUUCUUACCAAAACCACAAGCAAAAAAACAAAACAAAACAAAAAACACACAAAAAAUGGGAGGGGAUAAGGGUUUUGUAAAGGUCCUGUGAGGUUCAUAUUUUUGUAUCAUUUUGUCUAUAAAUGCAGUAUUUGCAGCAGGAAUUUGGAGACAAAUGAUCUAUGUUUUUAGGGUUUUCUAUGGAAGGCAUCCCUCUGGCCAGGCUCUUUCUGGGGGGCACCCUGAGCAGGGCAGGCUCCAUGGGAGGCACUUCUUGCCAAACGUGGACCAGGGGUGAGCCUGCCGACGUACGUGUUCCCCGCACAGUAGGCUCUGUUUUCUGACCGUUGUGCAUUUUCUAAGGGCGUCCAAACCUUUGUACAAAUAUGUAGAUAACAUCUUCCUACAGCUUUUAUUUGUGAAUAAAAGUCGCAUUGGUUGUUAAAA